AUGGCGGCCAACAAUACCUGUGUUUCGCAGGGCGACCACGACUUCGGGCCCGUCGUUGAUCCUUGCAUUCGCAAAUUCGACUUCACUCUCCUUUUCGAGGACACCAUACUUUCCAUUGUCCCGUCGGCCAUCUUCGUUCUCCUGGCGGCGUUGAGAAUCCUUUCUCUUCAGUCCCGGCCCAACGUUGCAGGCAACAUCUUCCGCCUUGUCAAACUGGUUCUCAUAUGCAUUCUUACCGCAAUCGCAGUCGCACUUACCGCUCUGUGGGCGCGCGAAGAAGGUCUGUCAUUGAACAGCAAGGCGGCAAUCGCCGCGGCGGUCCUGUCCAUCAUUGACGGUCUGGCCGCCGCCGCUCUGUCUUUUACUGAACACUCCAGAUCCGUUGGCCCCUCCCUGUUGCUGAGUGCCUUCUUGGUCCUGUCAACCAUUUUCCACGGCGUACGCCUCAGGACUCUUUGGCUGAAGUCGGUUGGGAUUCCAAUCGCGUCUCUCUCCACCGCCUCUCUCGCUCUGAAGCUGGUCAUUCUGGUCCUGGAGGAACAGAGCAAGAGACGAUGGAUCAUCGGCGAAAAAGAGGCCUGGAGCUCGGAAGAGACUGCUGGGCUAUCCAAUCGCAUCGGUUUCCAUUGGCUUAACGUCCUUCUCCUCAAGGGAUACUCGGCUGCUCUUUCCAUCGCCAAGCUGCCCAUCAUCGAUAGCAAGCUUCUGUCUGAGUCGUUGUGGGAGCGUAUCGGGCUUAGAUGGAAGACAACAUCCAAGGAGGGGAACAAUGUGUUGCUCGGAACAGUUUUCUCGGUGUUGAAAUGGCCCAUCUUGGCUCCGAUUCCCGCCUACCUUAUCAUCGUGGGACUUCAACUAGCGCAGCCAUUACUGAUCAGUUCCAUCAUGGCAUACCUUGCGACUCCCGUUGACCAUAGUGAGCACCAGAAGAACACUGGCUACGGCCUCAUCGGAGCCUAUGGCCUGGUCUACCUCUGCAUCGCAGCUGUGACGGCUAUGUGUCAGCAUCUGGUGUACCGCUAUGUGUCCAUGAUGCGUGGUUGUCUGGUUCUUUUGAUCUACCAGAAGACGACGUCCAUGAGUGUGGUCGCGGCGGAGGAUGCAGCCGCUGUCACGCUUAUGAGCACUGAUAUUGAGAGAAUAAUUAACGGCAUGUCGAAGCUUCACGAGAGCUGGUCAACUCUUCUUCAGAUGGCUGUGGCCUUGGCUCUGCUGUACAGACAACUCGGCAUCGUUUUUGUCGUUCCUCUGAGUCUUUUUCUCUUUUGCGCGGUUGGUGCCGGCUACUUGUCCGGCUCAGCAGGGACAUUCCAGGCAUCUUGGAUGAAGGCAAUCGAAAAGAGAGUCUCUGUGACCUCCUCCGUGUUGGGAUCAACGAAGGGUGUCAAGCUCUCUGGGUUUUCUGAUAAGAUGUCUCAAAUCAUCCAAGACCUCCGCUUGAAAGAGAUUGCCUCUGCCGCCAGGUUUAGAACCAUGCUGCUUUUCAUCGUAAUCCUAUCAUACGCACCAGGAUCCAUCUCUCCGGUUGUUACCUUUGGUGCAUACACGGCUAUUGCUCAAAGGGACCACACCGCACUCGACUCGAACCGCAUCUUUACAUCCCUUGCCUUGCUCAACCUCAUCACGCAGCCCCUCAACGAGCUGUUUGCCCACCUGCCCAACAUAAUGGCGGCGAUCGCCUGCUUUGGGCGUGUCCAAGCCUUUCUUCUGUCCCCGGACACCUCGGCCAAGGCAGGUGCCGGCCAGUCUUCGACAAAGCGAGCCAGCACCGCCUCCGCUGAGGGAUCGCUGAGCAAUCUUUCGGUUCCCCCAGACACGGAGAAGCAGCCCUCGAUGAUGGCGACGCCCGCAACAGGACAUGCCCUUGAAAUUCGACAGGCCAAAUUCGGUUGGAAGGCGGAUGUGGAGCCGACAUUGUCGGAUGUGACGCUGGAUAUUCCUCACGGCAAGCUGACCAUGGUCGUCGGGCCCGUUGCCUCUGGAAAGUCGACCCUGCUCAAGGCAAUCUUGGGCGAGACGCCUGUUUCCGAGGGGACUAUUGCCCGAUCUUCCAACAGCAUUGCUUUCUGCGACCAAGUCCCCUGGUUGACGAACGAGACCCUUCGCCGCAACGUCACCGGCUUCUCUCACUUUGACGCCUCUUGGUAUACCACUGUCAUCCGGGCAUGUGCUCUCGAGGACGACAUUGCCACGUUUCCCGAAGGGGAUCAAGUCAUAAUCGGUAGCAAGGGCGUCGCACUCAGCGGCGGUCAGAAGCAACGGGUGGCAGUCGCCCGAGCUGUCUACUCAAGACGAGACAUUGCCAUCUUCGAUGAUGUGUUCAGCGGCCUCGACUUUGAGACGCAGAACCGAAUCUUCAACAACGUUUUCGGCUCCUCUGGUCUCCUGAGACAGCGAAACACCACAGUCCUCUUCGUCACUCACGCCGGUUUGUUGCUGCCAUGGAAAACUCUUUCACUCUGGUCAGAUUCUAACCUCAUGUUCGUAGUCCACAUACUGCCAAAGGCAGACUACGUCAUCGCACUGGAAGGCACCGGCAAGAUCGCCUGCCACGGAACCUUUGACGAACUCAACAAGCAAAGCGGCUACAUCAACAAGUUUAAUCUCGCCGUCAAGGAAGACGAGAUUGAUCAGGAAGCGGCGCGAGACGACGGCAAAGCCGCGUACGAGCCGGCGAGAAACCACAAAGCCUCGGAGAGCAGCGUGAAUGAGGACAUUCAACGCCUGGGAGAUCGAUCAGUCUACAAGUACUAUUUCAAGGCAACUGGCUACCGCAGCGUCGUCAUUUUCGUCGUUUUGCAGAUCAUCUGGGUCUUCCUGACGAAAUUCCCCGAAAUCUGGCUCUCUUGGUGGGGUGAGGCCAACGACCGGCAUCCUAAUCAAGAGACGGGCAAGUACAUGGGGAUCUACAGCGCCCUUCAAGUCUGUUCGCUCAUUGCCCUGGCUGUUACCUGUUGGCAUACCGUUCUGGGCAUGGCCGCUACCUCCGGCAUCAAGCUUCACUUGAUUCUUCUUGAGAAGGCACUUGGAUUCAGUCAGGACAUUCAGCUGAUCGACGCCGAACUCCCGAUUUCUCUCCUCAAUGUUGCUGCCAACGGGCUCAUGUGCAUCGCUCAAGCGUUGAUGAUCAUUCCUGUGUCGUACCAACUCAUUGCUGCUUUCCCCUUUCUCUUUGGUGUCCUUUGGGUCAUUCAGAGAUUCUACUUGCGGACUUCCCGCCAACUUCGCUUCCUCGAUCUCGACGCCAAAACCCCAAUGUACUCCCAAUUCUUGGAAACCCUGAGUGGCCUUCCAACGAUCCGCGCUUUCGCCUGGCAAAAGGAUCUAACGCUGCUGAUGCGCGAGCGCCUGGACACCUCGCAAAGGCCGAUGUACCUCCUGUACAGCAUCCAGCGAUGGCUCACCCUGGUUCUCGACCUCACUGUGGCGGCUCUUGCAAUUGUCCUGAUCUCGGUUGCCGUCGCUCUGAGAGGCCGUGUCGGUGCCGGCUUCGCCGGCGUUGCCUUGUACAACAUCAUGGGACUCAGUAGCGCCAUGAAGGCCGCCGUCACCGUCUGGACGAUUCUCGAGACCUCUAUCGGUGCGGUCGCGCGCGUCAAGACCUUUGCCGAGCAGACCCCCCGCGAGAAAAAGCCCAACGAGUCGCAGACCCCUCCCGCGUCCUGGCCCAAGACCGGAGCGAUUACGUUUGACAACGUCACUGCUUCCUACUCUGAAGGGUUGGAACCGGUUCUUUCGGAGGUGUCCUUCACGAUCUCACCCGGCCAGAAAGUUGGCAUCUGCGGAAGAAGUGGCAGUGGCAAAAGCUCUCUUCUUCUCUCUCUGCUUCGGCUUAUCGACUGCAGCGAAGGCAAGAUCCUCAUUGACAACAUCGAUACGUCGACAAUGCCUCGCGAGUUGCUGCGACAGCGUUUGAACGCCCUACCACAGGAACCUCCGUUCUUCAGCGGAUCGAUCCGCCUGAACUGCGAUCCUCAAGGCACUGCCUCUGACGAGGACAUCAUUGACGCUCUUCGCACCGUUGGCAUUUGGGAGGUCAUUGAGGGUAAGGGCGGGCUCAACGCGGAGUUCUCCGAUGACUUCUUCUCGCACGGUCAGAAGCAGGUGUUCUGCCUGGCGAGGGGCAUCUUGUGCCCGUCGAAUAUUGUCGUCAUGGAUGAGGCUACGAGCAGGUAUGUGUCAACCAUUUCCCCCCAGUGUCUCGGUUGUAAUGAUCGACUCGAGCUGACAUGUCGUACCAGCGUUGACAUCGACACGGAGAAGAACAUGAUUGAGGUCAUUCGGAAACGUUUCGGAAAUGCGACGAUAAUUUCAGUGGCACACCGACUAGAUACCAUCCUUGACUUCGACCUGAUUCUGGUUCUGGAUAAGGGAAAGAUCGUCGAGCAGGGCAGUCCCAAGGAGCUUCUUGGUCGUGGUUCCGCCUUCAAAGCGCUCUACGAGACUUUGCACGGCAAAGAUCAUUGAUGGCUUGGGCGGCGAAAACAGUACCCACAAGUAUAUCAUUUUGAAGAAAGGGGGCAUGGAUGAGAUUUAGGGUAUAUCUGUCAUAAGGAAGC